AUGUUCGGGAAUAACCGAAAUUUCAUAGUAUCAACUCCUGUGAACAGUAAGCUAAAAGAUAUAUAGGUUUAUUGCACUUUUUAGGUGACCAUCAACCAAGUGAUACCCUGAAUUUCUCUCCAAUAGGCCGCACAGUUUCUGAUUUGUAAGUUGCUUCAUACUGUACUUGAGUUAUUGUCUAGGUUUGCACCAAAUGGAUCGAAUAGUACUCGAGUUGUGAACGAGUAUGUCUUAAUUCAGUCCAAACUUCAUUUUGGAUUUGUUCGCCAAGGAGCGGAACGUUACCAAGAUCUUUCAAUUACUAGUACAGCACAGCAAUCCCUAUGGAUUGACGUAAAAUCAAUUGACAACCCUCUUUUCAACGUGAGGAACGGUUGUUUUAUUAUGUUUUAUAAAUUUGUAGGCUGAGAACUCUGAAGGAUUGUAUUUAUCGCCCAGGCAGAGUCACUUAAUAAAGCUGAUAUAUAAACCGAAAAGACAGAAGAGCUUUGAUACAGGUACUCUUGUAUUGAGCGUCAAAACGGACGAUAUGACAAAGAGAGCUGUGCAAUUUAGGGUAUGUGCAAUUGUUACAUGUACCUUUUAAUCUUUACUAAUCGCGGUUUUUAGGUAACAUUACUCGGAUUUUCCGGGAAAGCUGAGGUUGUGCCCAGAGGUUUGCAAGUUGCCCAGAACAACACUUGGGAAGCUUGCGUUAGCAAAAGACGUGCUCAGUUCUCUCUUCAAAACGUCGGAAAUAGAGCAGCGUUUGUAAGGGUUAUAGUUGUGGAUGAGAUGAACAAACCUUCUAGAAGUUCGGAUGUCUUCAUAAAGCCGGAUCAAUUUCUUCUUGAUGGGAAUUCUUCUCAGACGGUAUUUAUUUUUAUUAAUAUUUAUUUGGUUUCUUUCAGACGGUUUCCAUUUGUUUGCAUUCCCAUGCGCAAGAUGUAAAACUGGCUAUAUAUUGGGGCGAGGAAAAACAACGUUUAAGAUGUAAAAGGUGAAGGCCACUUUUUUCCUGAUUUAUUAUUUAGGUAUGCAAAACAAAAAAAUGUCACUUCGGAAUGUGUAAUGGAUUAUGUCGACUUAAUUUCACUGAAAAUAAACGAAAGUCGACUGUCUGAGACGGAAGCUCAAUUGCUGAGUAGCGACGACAAACGCGUUUUGAUGUCUGAACUUACUGUAACGUAUGUUCGGCUGAUCGAUGAAAUGGAAGUCUCUACGGACACAGAUGUUACCUUAACCAACGAAAACUUGAUCCCUCAUGAACUUCGAGUAAGACCGAUCAAGUUUCCAAACGCUGAAGUGCAAACUAUUGAUGACGAUCUGGAAACCUGCAUCAGAAAAAUUAAAUGA